AUGGCCACCAGGCUCGACACCUCGAACCCGCCCUACCCCAACAUCCCCUACUUCACCCCCAAGCACCUACAAACCCCUGGCGCCCCGACCGCCUUGAAGUCCGCCUCUCCCAACAACGGCACCACCGACGCCACGCCCACCAAUGGCACCACCGCCUCCCCGAAAUCCGUCCCAACCCUCUUCAGCCCGCUCACAAUCCGCAACACAACCCUCCGCAAUCGCAUCCUCGUCGCCCCAAUGUGCCAAUACUCCACCGCCCCCACGGGCCCAACCAUCGGCCAACUCACCGACUACCACAUCGCGACCCUAGGCCACUACGCCCUCAAAGGCGCCAGCCUGGUCUUCAUCGAAGCCACUGGCGUUCAGCCACGGGGGCGCAUCAGCCCGAACUGUCCUGGCUUGUGGUCGGAUGACCAAAUCCCUGGGCUCGCGCAUGCGGGAAGGAAGGCGGGUGUGGUGGCGCCGUGGGUUAGGGAUAUUGUGAAGGAGCGGCUUGGAGGGAAGGCGCCUAAGGCGGUGAGUUUCAGGGCGGGGGAGAGCGAGUGGUCGGGUCCGGAGAAUGAGGUGUGGGGACCGAUGGGUGGGGAAGGGGAGACUUGGGAUGGGUUGGUUCCCGGGAAGGAUGAGGCGAGUGGGUAUGUGGUGCCGCAUGGGAUGACGGAAGAAGAGUGUCGGGAAUUGGUGCUGGAUUGGGGACGGGCGGCGAAGCGGGCGGUUGAGGCGGGGAUCGAGGUUAUUGAGAUUCAUGGCGCACAUGGGUAUUUGAUUCAUCAGUUUUUGAGUCCGGUGACGAAUCGGAGGAGGGAUGGGUAUGGUGGAAGUUUUGAGGGAAGGACGAGGUUGUUGAGGGAGGUAGUUGCGGAGGUCAGGAGGAAUAUUCCGGAGACGAUGCCGUUAUUUUUGAGGGUUAGUGCGACAGAGUGGUUGGAGGGGACAGACGUGGAGAGGGAUGUCGGAGAUGGGGGAAAGAGUUGGACGGAGGAGGAUACGACGAGGUUGGCGGGGUUGUUGCCGGGAUGGGGGGUGGAUUUGUUGGAUGUGAGUUCGGGUGGGAACCACCCGAAGCAGAAGGUCGAUAUGUUCAAAAGCAAGGAUUAUCAGGUAAAGAUUGCACAGAGGAUUAGGAAGGAGAUGAAGCGGCAGGGCAAGACGUUGUUGAUUGGUGCGGUCGGGUUGAUUACGGAGGCGGAGCAGGCGAAGGGCAUCGUUGAGGAGGCGGAGGUCGCGGUCGCGAUGACACAGAAGCCUGCCAACGGCGAUGCGGAUGGCGAGGCGAUGGCCGACGUGAUUCUUGUGGCUAGGCAGUUCAUGAGGGAGCCGGAGUGGGUGCUGAAGGUGGCAUGGCAGUUGGGAGUCGAUGUCGCAUGGCCAAAUCAGUUCCUGAGGGUGAGGUUUCCUAAGCUUUGA